AUGUUUGUUUCAGUGUGGUUAGGAGGUAACAAUAUUUUCCUCGUCAAUAACGACUGCAUGGUGCAGAAUGUGGUCCAAUAUCUCAGGAAAAAGUGCGGUAUCACGGAUAAGAAAGUGACUUUGGAUUUAGCAGACGAGGAUGGGAACUUGCAGAACCUCAUGGACUACAAUCCGAGGUUCCCGGCUGCCCGGAUACUCCAGCCAAAAGUUACAUACGUCCCAAUACUGAUGGAGAAAAACGAAGAUAAUACUUGGAAACCUUUUAGACCCAUGGUGAAUCGAGUCCUGAAGGAUGCAGAUUUCAUGAGACAGCUGACAGAGCAAUACGAGAGGCGGGAGCUAUCGAGAACCGGUCAACGCGUCCGUUUGGAGUCCGUACAGGAAGCAGAGAAGGAUGUAGCAGUUCCUACCGGCAAGGGGGCAGGAAAGGGUGCACUUAGCACCCCAAAGAAGGGGGCUGGGGGUGGGCGAUCAAAGACUACCAAAUAAACGGACAGUUGUGUCGAAAAGGGGGAAGAGCGAUAACCAGAUUUCCCUCAACAGGCCUUGAACUUCACUCUCGAAGGGGCAAAGCAA